AAAGAUUUCAUUUCGCCAUAAAUAUCAAACACUCUGCAUCCAUCCCCAAAGCCAAAAACCUUAUCUCUUCUCCUCUCAUUCACCAUGGCAGCUUCAGCUUCCUCUCUCGCUCUCUCCACCUUCAACCCCAACUCCCUUCCUUUCUCCGUCUCCAGACCCUCCUCCCUCUUACCUCCUUCCGUCUCCUUCAAACUCAACUCCGUCUUCUCUUCCUCCUCCUCCGCCAAAUGCACCUCUCCCGCCUCUCGCUUCCUCCGUAACGUCGCCGUCACGGAAGACUUCUCUGUCGAAGAAGAAGACGGCAGUUUCGCCGACGACGCACCGCCGCCGCCGCAGGAGCAGUCCUUCUCCGCUGACCUCAAACUCUUCGUCGGUAACCUUCCGUUUAACGUCGACAGUGCUCAGCUCGCUCAGCUGUUCGAGAGCGCAGGGAACGUUGAGAUGGUUGAGGUAAUCUAUGACAAGGUGACAGGAAGAAGCAGAGGUUUUGGGUUCGUGACUAUGUCUUCUGUCUCUGAAGUUGAGGCAGCUGCUCAGCAGUUCAAUGGCUAUGAGUUGGAUGGUAGACAAUUGAGAGUUAACGCGGGUCCUCCACCACCAAAGAGGGAAGACUCCUUCUCCAGAGGACCAAGAAGCAGCUUUGGAGGUGGCGGCGGUGGUGGUGGUGGCUCAGGAAACCGUGUUUACGUUGGUAAUCUCUCGUGGGGAGUCGAUGACAUGGCUCUGGAGAGUUUGUUUGGGGAGCAAGGAAAGGUUGUUGAGGCUAGAGUUAUCUACGACAGGGACAGUGGUCGGUCCAAGGGUUUUGGAUUUGUCACUUACAACUCUGCUCAAGAGGUUCAAAACGCUAUCCAAACCUUGAAUGGUGCUGAUUUGGACGGGAGACAAAUUAGAGUGUCGGAAGCUGAGGCUAGGCCUCCAAGGCGCCAGUUUUGAGCACCCCAACCGAUGGCUUCCUAUUCUCUAAAACGCAUAUUCUUCGAAGCAUAUAGAGUUUUGUGAGAGAGGAUGGCAGUUUCGGACCCGUACUAAGCUCUUCUUCACUUAUGUUUUGUUGUGCCUUGGAUGCACGGGGAUGGUCAUUUUAUUUGAGAAACAUAUAAUUAAGAUUAUAUAAGUGAAGAACAUGUCUGAAUGCUGCCAUUGACUGCUUCGCUUUGGUUUGAUUCAUUUUUAUCUCUAUUCAUAUUGCUUCUCUAUUUAA